GCAGGAGAGCUUACACACGUCGUCUGAUAUGAUUCUCAAUCAGCUAUUGGAGUAAGCACAAUAAACGGCCUUCCCGAGAGAUCUAAGAACAAAUCAUCUACUUGUGUGCCAAGAAAUAACGGAAACAAGAUGCGAUUUUAUAUGGUGGCGAUAUUGUCCAUGGGACUGGUUUUACUUCUUACAAUAAGUAAAGUAUCAGCUGCAGAUGCAGAACCAGCAACCAGUCCAAAACCGGAAGAGGAAGGAGGCUCAGAAGGAGAAACAAACGGAGAAGCAGAAGAUGAACCAGCAGUAGAACCAGGAGCGGAACCAGAUGAAGAGCCAAAAGGGAGCACUAAGCCACCUGAGAAUGGGUGUAAUUUGUCAAUGUUGUCUACAAUUACUCUUAUACAAACACUUGUGAUGGCCAGAAUUCUGAUGUGAUUUGGAUAUAUAUGCUCCUAGAUGUUAAGUAAUGAAUAUGAAUGUGUGUAUUGUUACGUUAAAAUGGGAAACUUUCGCUGAUGUUCAAGAGACAGCGUUUUUCUCAAUAAUAUAUAUAUCUUUAUAUUCCUACAUGUGCAUGGGGUAUUUCUUAAAGCGAAGGUAGUGGCUAAAUGAUCGCUACAAAAAAAUCUAAAAUCUCGAUUCUUUUGCAAGUCGUUCCUUGUUUCCGUGACAAUUCAGCACAUAACUGGGAGUGAGUUAUGUUGCACCUUUGGUUCACAUGUGUAUAGAUAAUAACUAAGUGUAUUCAGGAGCAUUUGAAUGAACGACAGCUUGUGUUUUUUGAAAUGUGACGAUUCUUUCAAGAUCCAUAAUGAUCGGAGUGUCUUAAGAUGAAGAAGAACAAAGAAAAAAAAAACGCAUACAUGGAGAGGGCAUAGAUAAUGCUAUAAUGAAUAUUAAAGAGAUAUCAUUCACUAUGACUCAUACUUAAAUUUCAUAGAGUCUAGCUUUUGAUCUAAAGUUAUAAAUUUUGAAAAUGAAAAUACCAUCAUUUUAAGGUUGAUUUUUAAAACUCUUUCACAGAAUUAUGCGACUAUCUAUACUGAUUACUAUAUUUGUGUAUGUGCAUAACUGACAAUAUUUUAUAUUAUUUUGUUAUAUCAGAAUUCACUUAUCAUUGCGGACAUGCAUAAACAAAUAAUCAUAUUUAAACUCACGGAAACGUCAUGCAAAUAUUGAAAAUAUCUCAUAUGACGCUUUUUGAGCAGAAAGAGAGGCAUGUCUUUUUCGGCUGUUAAAUGUGUUGCAUUGUGUUACAGCUGUAAUACCAAAUCAAUAGCGGAGGAGACAGUCACACCGCUGCUGUGCAGUCUGUUGCAUAUAUAAUACUUGCUUUACGCUUUAAAUAAUUAUGUUGUGUUAUCAAAAAUCAAGAAUAAAAUCAUAUUGUAAUAUUUUUCUGUUUCCAGUUUUACGCCAUGGUUCGGAGACCUGCAGUUUAUGUUUAACGUACCUAUUCCGUAACAUGUAUAUUUAACAAAAAAUAGUAUGAUUGUACACAUAUUUCAUUCUACAGAACAGAAAUUAACUUGUAAAAAUCAAAGUAAAACGAAAACCAUUUUUAAGCAUAGUCAUAAAUCUAUUUUCAUUGUAAAUGUCAACUGUUGGACCAACUGUUAUUUUGACUUCAUUUGUUAACCGAAUCUUGUACAUGUAAAACCUGAACUGUAUACACAGAUAAAAGUUUAAAGUUUACAGAAAUGAAAACAUUUUAGAGAGAAAAAGUGUUUAUUUUCUGUCGAUAUUUUUGAAAAAUACAUAUUAGCAAUAAAUCAAAAUGG